AUGUCCUUGAAAUCUUCUAUUCUCAUCAUUUUUCUUCAAAUAGUUACGGUCGAAUGUUUAACAACCAGUUGUCAAAAGAAUCGCUUUAUCGAUUACAGUCAAUUAAUCAAAACACGCUGUACCAUCGAAAAUUGCAUUCUAUCAUCGAACUGCACUACGCGAUAUGAAUGUGAAUGUAAACGUGACUAUGUCGUCCGAUAUAACGUUACAAUUGAACAUGAAGACGAUGAAGAUGAUCAACAUGACGAUGAAGAUGAAGAAGCAAUGAGUGUUCAUUUAGGUGUGAUCUCUCGAUCGCCCAAUGAUAAAUCUCAUCCCACGAUUUUCAUUGGUGAAAGUUAUCCAUGUUUCUAUGAUGAACGUGACAUUACUACUGUGUUUUGGUCGCGACCUAACCGUCGAACUUAUUACAUUCUAUUAACACUAAGUUUGAUCUUAGUUUUCACAAUUAUUCUUGUUCCAAUCAUUUAUCUUCUAUUAAUCAUUAAAUUUACUAAUUCAGAAACGAAAAAAGACAAAAAAACAAACGAAAAACUUGUUUUAUAA